UGUAAAGGGCUUAGUAGAUUCCCACUACUAAGAAGGGAGGAAGGGAAGGGAGGUGGGUUUUUGUGUGGUAGUUUUUACGAGUUUCGUGUGAAACUAUUGUAGCGGCGGACUUUUAUUUUAAUAGAGGAAGGUGAAUAUUAAAAUAUGCAAGUUGUUCCCUCUCACUUGAAACGGAUUCAAGCGUCUUAGUGCUCCCUUUCGUGGAAGGUUUUGGGUUACACGAGUUGCUGCGUUUUUUUCAUGGUGAAAGUUAGAAAUAGAAGAUAAGAAUUCUUAACCGCUCGAUAAGUUCAUUUAUACGAAAAGUCGAAAUGAAGGGCUCCUUUAAUCGUACGUUUAAAAAAAGCCGAAUAAUUUGAUCUGUCUGAGGAAUGCAUGACCUCAUGGAACCUAGUUUAGCCUCUUCCUAUGAAAGGAAGGCAAUAUACUGGAUGCAGAUAUAGUAGCAAAACAGCUGAUACGAAAUUCUGUAGUGAAAAAAUAGAUAUUGGAGAGAUUUUAAGUGAGAAGAGAAGGAAUAGUCACUAUUAUUUUAUUUUAUUUAUUUCUUCCAGAAGUUUCUUUGUGCUUUGUUUAAAAAAGUACUGUAGCUUGCUCCAUAGAGAUACAUUGAGAAAUUUACCACACAGCUGAAUGUUUGAACUAUUAAUUUUUUUGUUCAAAUGACCGAAUAUUUAAUUAUUUUUUAAAGAACUUCCUAUAGAAUUCAUUUACAAUUUAUAAUAACAAUAACCCAACUAAAGUGUGGGAUUUGUGUAUGGAAAAAAAUGUCUUGACAUGCACAUGUGGUAGCAAUCAUGAUAUAUCAACAUAUUCAAUGAACAUAAUAACUAUGCUUACUCCAUUUAUAGCCAGAUUUCUUGCUAACUAUAUCUGUAAAUGUUCUAUUCUUUUAAUCCUAAUUGAAGCAAAAUGCUGCUUGUCUAGACUCUAGAGAAAAAAAAUGAAAAUAAUUUCCUUCAUGAACUUUAUCUUCAUACUUUAUUUUAAUUAAAAAUCUGCCUCAUAUAGUUUCUCAUUAGUUUCAAAAAUAUUGUAAAAGCUGGUCAGAAAAUUGAGUUAUAGUUUGGCACAUCUUUGGUACUAAGAUCUGGUUAAAAUUAUAUGUAUACAGUACAGUAGUUUCCAUUAUAAGGAAUUUGAGCAUAGUCAGAGGGGGAAAACAUCAUCCUAUUGAUCUUGAGAUUCAUAACAGAGUUUAUUUACUUGGAACUCAAAUUUUGUUUGGUUGGUGGAAGCUUAGCAGUAUAAGCAAAGAACAUGCCUUUGUCAUAAAGUAUUGGUACUGCAUAAUUUUUUAUUUGACUACAUUGUUUUAAGUGGUAUGCAUUGAUAGAAUUCAAUAUCUACUUGUGAUCAUUUUCAUUUACUGUAGAAAGGCUUUACAUGGAUGAAAAGGUAUUGUAAUAAAAUCUGCAUUGCAUCCUUAGAGGAAUGAGUUGUAUCUUUAAAUCAUAAUUAAAGUUAACAUUCACAAAGAUAGUUAAUGCUUUCCAGUGAUUUCAGAAAAAGAGUUUAAUAUAGGUUCAAUUGCCAUGCAGUUAGAAGGCGAGGGUGGGGAUUGCAAUGAAAGUCAUCACAAUAAAUUGGAUAUUCCACAUAUAGGGAUGGGAUUAUCUUCAUCAAGACAGCUACUCUUUGCUGAGGCAGGGAUUCUAUCCUACCUAGGAUCCCUGCCAAGAAAGGCCACAAAAUUUAUCGACUCAUUCUUUCCAACCACCAACCCAAAGUCUAUUUUCACCUUCUAAAACACAGGACAAUUGUGAAAGCUUCCCCAUGAGUGUCAGUAAUCUCCCAUCUGUGUCCUCUAUGUACCAACCUAGCAUGUUUAAUUAUGAGCGUCCAAAACACUUUAUCCAGUCUCAAAAUACAUAUCAAGGGAAGCCACAGCCUCCAGGAUCAGAGACCUCUGCUACGCUUCCGAGCAGGCAAACCAAGCAGUCUUCCAUUUUAAUCCAGCCUUGUAAUCCUAAUGAGAAGAAAUUUACUUCCUCUUCAUCGCUGAGCUCGCCAAUCUCACUCUCUUCACCUUCAUAUAGCGCUUCAUUUCCCGUAACACCCGCAUCUGUACAGUCUCCUGCUAGCUCAUCAUCUGGGCCGAGAAUUUCAUCCAUGCAUAACCAGUCCCCUGCAGCAUUCCUUUGUUCUGUGUUGCCCUCUCACUUUGAUUAUAAUAAUAGCCAAGGUCCUUCCUCGGUGGACUCAAACAGUCAUUCAAAGCCUAUGUACAGCCCGCAAACUGAUAGCCUUAAACAAGUACCAAAGGCUUCUGACAAAGAGAUACAAGGAACGAAAGACGCCCUCAUUCAAGACUUGGAAAGGAAACUGCGAUGUAAAGAUAACCUUCUGCAUAACGGGAACCAACGUUUAAGCUACGAAGAAAGAAUGGCUCGCAGGUUACUUGGACCAGAGAAUGCUGCAUCUGUGUUUGUAUCACAGGAUGAACAAAAUGCACAGGACGCACAACACAACAUGGAAAGUGUACGGCUGCAAGUUCCUCAACAGCACGUAAGGAAUAGGCCAUCUUCAAGGGGAGAAAAAAAUGAUCAAGGCGUAAUUCAGGAGAAAUUUUUUCCACCACGCUUCAUACAAGUGCCUGAAGAUGUAACAGUUGAAGAAGGAAGAUUCUGUAGGCUUGAUUUUAAGGUCAGUGGGCUACCAACCCCAGAUGUGGCAUGGUACCUAAAUGGAAGACUUGUCCACCCAGAUGAUUUUCAUAAAAUGAUAGUAUCAGAAAAAGGCUUCCACUCAUUCAUUUUCGAAGUAGUUCGGGUCUAUGAUGCAGGAACAUGGGAGUGUGUGGCUUAUAACCGUGCUGGAGAAGCUUCCUUUUCAUUGAAAGUAGAUGUUAUUGCAAGAGAACACCGGAAAGCACCAGUCUUCAUCUCUAAAGCACAAAGCACAAAAGUUUAUGAGGGGGAUUCAGCUAGACUUGAGUGCCUAGUGUCUGCUAUCCCCCCACCACAAAUAUACUGGAAAAGAAAUAACGAAAUGGUUCAGUUCAACACAGACAGAAUCAGCAUGUUUCAUGAUGCUUCUGGCAAGGUUUGCUUGCUGAUCCAUGAUGUAACUAAAAAAGAUGCUGGUUGGUACACAGUAUCUGCGGUCAAUGAGGCAGGAGUGGCAACGUGUCAUGCCAGAUUGGAUGUGGCUACACACACGUACAAACCACUUCCAAAUCCAAAGCCGCUGAAGGUUCGACCAACUUUUAGCAAGUAUUUGGCACUUAAUGGGAAAGGUGUGAAUGUGAAGCAGGCUUUUUUCCCUGAUGAAGGAGAAUAUCAGCGUAUGGCAGCACAGUCCGGACUUUUUGAGAGCGACGAACUUUAAUAACAGAAAGAAAGAAAAUAUGUUUUGCCCCUGCAACAGACUAAGGAAACAGUGCACAUAGAUUCAAUUUAAUGGCAAUAGCACUGCUUAGCAAACAUGCUUAAUAUAUUUUUAUUUAUGACUUAACUCCUGCUAUUCCUGCUGCUUUGAAUUUGAUCAAUUUCUACUAAUGCGUGUGCUGUUGCAGAAGGAAAUAGCAAAUGUUUGUACUUUUGAGUUUAAAGGCCAAGAAACUGGGCCUAGUUCAAGCCAGAAAGUUUGAGUGCAUCUAGUUUCAGUCACAAGGUUCUUAUUUUUACUGCUUCA